AUGAGUAACAAAAGGAUACAGAAACUAGAUGAAUCAGUUAUUAAUAAAAUUGCUGCUGGUGAAAUUAUAAUUCAACCUGCUAAUGCUUUAAAAGAAAUGUUGGAAAAUUCAAUUGAUGCUGGGGCAACUAAUAUCGAAAUUAUGGUUAAAGAUGGUGGUUUAAAAUUAUUACAAAUUACUGAUAAUGGUCAUGGUAUAAAUUUACAAGAUUUACCUUUAUUGUGUGAAAGAUUUGCAACAUCUAAAUUAACUAAUUUUGAUGAUUUGAGUAAAAUUCAAACUUAUGGAUUUAGAGGUGAAGCAUUAGCUAGUAUAUCUCAUAUUUCAAGAUUAUCAGUCAUAACAAAAACUAAAGACUCAAAAUUAGCAUAUAAAGCAUUUUAUUUAAAUGGCCAAUUAUGUAAUUCAAAUUUUAAAAUUGGUGGUAAAAUUGAUCCAAAGCCAGUUGCAGGAAAAGAUGGUACUCAAAUUAUAGUUGAAGAUUUAUUCUAUAAUUUACCAAAUAGAAUUAAAGGUUUAAGAUCAAAAAGUGAAGAAUUUUCAAAAAUUCUAGAUAUUGUUGGUAAAUAUGCUAUACAUACACAACAUGCUGGAUUUACCUGUAAGAAACAUGGAGAUCCAUUGCAACAAUUAAAUACAAGACCAAAUUUACCAUUAAAAGAAAGAAUAAGAAUAGUUUAUGGAGCAAGUAUAGCUAAUGAAUUAUUAGAAUUUAUAAAUAAUGAAAAGGGACAUGAUCUUGGAUUGUUACAAAUGAGUGGAUGUAUAACAAAUGCAAAUUAUAAUAAUAAGAAAAAAAUGACACCUAUAAUUUUUAUAAAUAAUCGUUUAGUAAGUUGUGAUCCAUUGAAACGGGCCGUUAAUAGUAUAUUCCAAUUAUUUUUACCAAAAGGCUCAAAUCCAUUUUUUUAUGUUAGUUUACAAAUUAAACUGGAAAAUUUAGAUGUUAAUAUCCAUCCAACUAAAAGAGAGGUUAGAUUUUUAAAUGAAGAUGAAAUUAUUGAAAUUGUUGUAGAUAAAAUUCAUGAAAUUUUAUCAAAUGUAGAUACAUCAAGAAAAUUCAAAACUCAAUCUAUAAUUAGUCAAAAGAGAAUUAAUGAUGAAGAACAACAACCAGUUGUUAAAAAAUAUAGACAAGAGAAUAAAUUAGUCAGAGUUGAUUCAAAACAAGCUAAAAUUAAUGCAUUUUUAGAAUCUCAACCAGUUGAAACAUACCAGGAUUCAAUUAAAAAAGAAUUUACAUUUAGUCAAGAUCAAAUUUUAGAAGAUGAAAAACAAGAAGAGAGUGAAGAAAGAUCAAGAGAUUACAUUCAAGUGAAUUUAGAUUCAAUAGCUCAAUUGAAAAAUGAGAUAAUUGAAUUUGUGGAUAAAUCGUUGACUAAUAUCUUCACACACGCUGUUUUCGUUGGAAUAGUAGAUUCAAAUAAAAGAUUAUGUUGUUUUCAAUAUGAUGUAAAAUUAUAUUUGGUAGAUUAUGCUGCAUUAUUAUUUGAGUUUUAUUAUCAAAUUAGUGUUAAUGAAUUUUCCAACUAUGGAAUAAUUAAAUUUGAUGAACCGAUAGAUCUAAAUGAUAUACUAGAUUCAUUAUAUGAAAAUGAUGAGUCCCUAGUACCGAAAUCUAAAAUCCUCAAAAAUUUAUUAGAAAAUAAAGAAAUGUUGAAAGAAUAUUUCCAAAUUGGAUUUAAUGAAGAUAAUCAAUUAAUAUCUAUUCCAAUAAUACUCCAAGAUAUCAAUCCUAGUUUUAGAAAACUUCCAUUUUUUAUUUACAGAUUAGGUAAAUUAGAUUACAGUAUUGAAUUAAAUUGUCUAAAGAAUAUUUUUAGACAAUUAGCAUUGUUUUAUUUACCUGAACCUAUAGAAUCUGAUGAUAUACGAAAAGAAGAUCUUAAUUCAUUAUUGGAAAAUUACUUAUUCCCGGAGAUUAAGAAACAAUUGCUUGCAACAAAGAAUUUAUCAAGAGAUCUUAUCCAAAUUGCUGAUUUACCUGAAUUAUAUAAAAUCUUUGAAAGGUGCUAA